GCCAAGAUUGUGAGAUGGAUAACGCCGAUAACGCUGAUGCCAGAGAGGAAACGGAGACAGAUUUCAGAACAAGACUGUCGAUGUCCUCGCUUACCUCACGUGAGGAGAAGUCGUUCCGGGAGAAUUUGGUCAGCGUACAGAAAGCCAAGACGAAUGACAUAGCCCGCUCCAGAUCUGCUUUACCUUCGUCGCCUACAUUGCUUGGGAAAAUCCGGGGCAUAGUGCACUCCUGGAGAUUUGAAGCCUUUUUCGCGUGUGCCAUAUUGUCGAACUCGAUCUUAAUCGGAGUUCAGGUUAAUGAUUCCGCACUGCAUCCGCACCAGCCUUCUGACAAGACAUUCUUCAUCGUUGAACAAGUGUAUGCGGCAAUUUUUCUGGUUGAGCUUAUUCUUCGAAUACUUGCCGAAGGCCGGCGUUUCUUCUGUUCGUCGCCGGAUGUCGGUUGGAACUACUUGGACAUUUUGAUCGUCUGCACAUCCGUGCUCACUCUGGUUACAGAGCUGGCGGAGCAAUCUGUGGACAGCAAUCUGUCCGGCAAUGUUAGGAUUAUUCGGAUUCUACGGGUUACUCGAGUCAUGCGAGUGGUGCGCAUCGUGAAGAUUGUCCGCUUUAUUCGGGCAUUGAGAUCAUUGGUUCACUCCAUCUUCUCGACCAUGAAGGUCCUGAUGUGGUCCGUCCUUUUGCUUGUGAUCAUUAUUUACGUCUUUGCGAUCGUCUUUACAGACGUUGCAACAUCGUUUCUAUUGGAUGUGGAAGAAGGUGUGCAGAGCCCUGUCUUGCUGCGGGACCAUUUCGACAGCUUAGAAAGAUCAAUGCAGACCUUGUUUCACUGCAUAUCCAACGGCGUGACGUGGGGUGCACUGUCGGACAAACUGAACAGCAUCAGCCGGAUAUGGGGAUAUUUGCUACUACUUUAUAUUGCUUUUUGCUUAUUUGCGUCUUUUGUGACACAAAAGGCGGUGUUCUGCCAGUCGGCAAUCGAGAGUGCUGAACGUGAUCAAGAGCUAGUAGUGCAGUCUGUGGCUGCCACGAAGCAACAGCAAAUCGAGUUGUUCAUGUCCGUUUUCGAAGGCAUACAAGAGGGGAGAAGACAAGCUGGGCUGUAUGGUACAAACGUGACUUUUGCUGAGUUUGAAGAUCUUUUCAAUGAGCCGCGAAUCCGUACUUUCUUCCAGUCACUGGAUUUGGAAACCAGCGAUGCGUGGACGCUGUUCAAGUUGAUGGAUACGUCUGGCAACGGGGACUUGGAUGCCACAGAGUUUGUGGAAGGUUGCAUGCGAUUGAAGGGCCCCGCACGAUCGAUUGACGUGGCGAUCCUGAUGCAGGAGCACAAGCGCAUCAGGAAGAAAGUGAUGGCGAUUGCGCAGGGAAUCUCAGAUAUUCAUUCAGUACUGGUGAUGUCGCCAAUGCACUUAAAGCACAAGCAGGCCGUUCUGAUUGAUCCCGCCGUGGCAAAGCCCACUGUGCAGCCCACUUGGCCUGUUGCCCUGUGA